CAUAUAUACAAGUGUUUUGCUCCAGUUGCCUUCCUUGAUGACUUCAACAUGGGGCAUGCAAUAUUUUUUUUUUUAGGGAUGGUGCUGAAUCUAGCUCAUAGCAGGGAAAUGCGAGAUUUGGUGCCCAAAGAAUUGGUUCUUGACCAGGUUGUGACAGGGAUUUUGGGGGAAGAGGUCUACCUGCACUGUCUGUACACUGGGCAAAGUGAAAUCUUGCUCUCCUCCUGGAACCGUCUGGAUUCUUCAAAUUUUGCCAAGAAAAUGGCUGGCUACAAAUUCAAUAAAAUUUCUUUCAAACGAGAAAACUUUGACGUCCCUGCAUCAGUUACCAACCUCACUGUAAAGAUGAAUGUUACAAGUCUUGAUGUAGAGGGAGAAUACACAUGUGUCUUCAACUCUGAUGAGGAUGAAACAAAGGACAACAUGUUUCUGAAGGUCAUUGCCCGGCCUGAUAUUGAUAUCACAGUGAAGGAGGAGGUAGUGAACGGGACCCUCUACCAAGCUGUCAUUUGCUCUGCAGCCAAUGCCAAGCCUCAAGCUUUCAUUAGCUGGGAGAUCCAUGGUGCCCUUCCAAGAGAUGACAUCUUCUCUGUGAACAUGUUUAAUAUGACUCAUUCCAAUGGCACAACCAGUUCAAUCAGUGUACUUCGAUUUGCCUUAAUUAUGAAUAACGAGAGUGCUGUCACCUGUGUCAUCAAACAUCCAACUUUUACUGAACCUAAAAGAGCCACCAUCGAGGUGGACACAUUUGUUUCUCCUGUUAUGACAAUGGAGACAGUCCUGGUCAAAGUAGAGGGCGAGGACUUUCAAGAGGUCAUCUGUUCAGCGAAAGGGGGGAGGCCUCAUCCAAACAUCACAUGGAUGCUGCCUGAAUUAAAAUAUGCACCACCUUUACAGAGAAACAUCUCAAAAACAGAUUCAGUUACUAGUUCAUACCGGUUCCUGUCAGAUCUGUAUGAGGGCGAAGAAAUCACAUGCAUAUUUGGCUACACACUUCUGCCUUUUAUAUACACAAGGACCUUUACUUUGCCAAUUUACAGUCUUUCUUCCCUUCAGUUAAAGGACCAUAGUCUUGCUAUUAAUGGUGGAAAUCAGACUUUAUUGGUGUUUGAGGAAGGGGAUACUAACCUCAAAAUCAGUAUGGAUGUUUUAGGCAAUGUACCAAGUUAUAAAAUCAGCUGUAUCAAGGAUGGCCAACCACUCCCUGAGGAUGUGGAUGUGGUUGGCAGUGAUCUCUUUAUCAAAGGACCUAUUGAGGACCUUCACCAUGCAGGACAAUACAUUUGUCAGGCCUCUUAUCGUAAACAUUUGGCCUCCUUACAGAUGAAAAUUGAAGUAAAUCCGAAAGUCCUCUUACCAGAGACAAUCGCCCCUAAUAUUAGUUUGAAUCACAAUGUUAGUUCAAACCACAUUUACAUUGAGUGUUUGGCCUCCAAUGGUGUCCCUGCCGCUAACGUGUCCUGGAUCAUUCCACAAGAGCUGAUUAGUACAGUUCAGUCAGAUGUUGUUUCCUGUAAUGGAUCAUAUUCUGUCAGAAGUGUGGUAAAUGUGCCCAUGUGCAUGCAUCGUGAACACAAAAUUGAGUGCAUAGUCCAACAUCCACAUUUCACAGGAAACGAAGGACGAUGGUUUACUAUUCCCAAGUGUGCACCACCGAAUAUAACGUUGCAGUCCAGUAUUAAAUGGGAGAAUGGUAUUGCAUAUACUAGGCUGCUGUGUUCGGUGGAGAGUAAAAGUCCAGCAACAACUAUCACCUGGAAUACAGAAUACUGUGACAGCGACAUUAAUUCUAUUGAGCGUGUAAUGAGUCAGUAUAAGUAUCAGGAGAGUCAUAUGCUGACUGCUCAAAGUGUGGCACACGUUCCAAUUUACUUGUAUGCCGGAUGCACUGUGAUCUGUGUGGUUGAGCACCAAGGAUUAGAGAAACCAGAGAAUAAGAGCAUUGACCUCCCAACUUUAGGGUUGUCUGCAAGCCGUGUGUAUGUGGGAGAAGAGCAAUACAAUCAUCUUUGGUAUGCUGUGUGUGAGUACAGUGGUGAUGGAGUGAAACCGAACAUCUCCUGGGUCCUUCCUGGUGAAGACACUAUAGUUCAUGCACCUGUUCAGGCCAAGUACAAUGGAAUUAAAGUACAAGUCAAUUCAACCUUUGAAUUUCAACUCAGUCAGUAUGAGGGAAAAGAGUUGAUAUGUUUGAUCCAGAAUGAGGGCGGCAAAGUUGAGAGAUGGGCAAAAACAGUUCCAAAAUAUCUUAUCUCAUCUAUUGAGGUUUUAAACGAAACCACACUUGAACGUAGAACUCAUGGGCUACAUGAACACAGAUUGACUUUGAAAGAAAACCUCUUUCACCAGAUGAUACUUCUCAGAGCCCAUGGCAAUACACCAUCAUACAAGACUCAAUGCUACAGGGAAGACGGGUCAGCAGCAUACACUGAAGGCAUGGCAUUGGUUUUUCAAGAGCCAAUAUCUGAAUUGGAUGCAGGGCUGUACAUAUGCCAUGUCUCGUACCACCACCACAAGGCUACAAUCUCCAUUAGGUUGGUUGUAACUAGUGAAGAGAAUCAACACUUGAUUUUUAUCACCAUCUGCUUCUCGUCGGCCGCAGCAAUCGCACUGAUCUUGAUUGUCGUUUUGUGUGUCCUUUGUAAAACGAGUGGGAGUCACUCAUCAAACAAGAAAAACAGGAGAGAGCGUGAGUCUCUUGCAGCCCUGAUGCAGGAUCCUCGCUGCCCAGAAAAAACGGUGCUUCCAAGUGGGGUGGGGCCUGACAAUGCUGAACUUGUGCACUAUUCUAUUGUUUUUGAUGCUAAAAGCACGGUGUGAGGCAUCCGUUGGGUUUUACGAGGGAAAAAAUGGAGCAAGAUGUUUAAAGCAGUAGCAUUAGACCUCCUUCAACUGUGUUUCUGAGCCAUACAUUACAACUUUGAUAUAUACAUUGCAAUUUGUUUACAUCAGUAUUAAAAAUGUAUUUGUUGUUGUUAUAAUAAGGCAGCUAUAGCAUUUUUCUUUAAUAACUAAUACUAGCUGUCAGGUAAGAUGUCACAUUGAAAUAGCUUGGUAUUGCUUUCUAUACUUUGUGCUGUACUAAAGAAGAGGCAAUGAUUGUAUAAAGAU